CCGGCGAAGUAAGUUCAAAAAGGGCGAAGGAGUCCCCGAGCUCAAACCAGGACAGACGUUUCAUCACGGCAGGGGCAAUGUCAUGCCUCUGCCACCCCAGCAGCCACAUUAUCUGAGCGAGGCUGAGAAUGAUUCUCCCAACACUGAGGAGCAUACGAAUACGUAUACACGUACUCCAUCACAUUCACGGACACAUAGUGGUAGAGAUACCAAUACCAUCGCUACAACCACCAUAAAUCCUCGUACGGUACGGGACAAGCCCACUCCAGCCAUGGGCGAACAUACAACCAGAGGUGUACAAGCACCUAGGUAUGAAACAUAUACUGAUGAAGAGGAUGCUGAAGCAGUGGCUCAGGCGGAGAGAAUAGACUUCGCGACCGAAUUGAUCAGUGAGUAUGCCAGCCGGGGGCUGCUGAGUUUCGAUGAGAAGCUCACACACAAGCAGCAAGUGCGUGCGAUUAAAAGCCUUACGAACUCGUUGCCGCACCUGGAAUUCACGCGAUGGUCCGAUGUCCCCAUGAUAUUGGGUAGCAAGUACAGCCGUCAAACUCCGGGUGUUCUGGAGGUCCCUUUUAAUUUCUCACGCGCUGGCUUCCGCAGUUACUUCUUCAAGAACAUAGACAGCAUAGUCCAGGAGAUGGUGGAAAACACGUGACAGCGAUGUAUAUAUAUACAGACUAAGCAUUACCUGUAUUGAACUUCUCAUGCUGACCUUGGUGGUAGUCUACCACAAACGUUCGGCUGACCGAUUUGAGUCACCCCCAUUCAGCUUAACUAAUGACAUGGGAUUAAACAGACGCAUAUAACCACUGAGUGC